CUCUCUCUCUCUUUUUACUCUUUCGCUCUCCCCUCCUUCUGUUGUCCUGCCCACUUUCUCUCCCAUUCUGUCUCUCUGAUAUUACCAUAAGUAACGGUGAACUUUUCACAACUCUUACCCAACAGCAUCCAUUCACAGCACUAACACCAUACUGACUCCAGGAUGCCCCUCGGAGGGGGAAACAGGUGUGGCUGUUGCCAGAAGACCGUGUACUUUGCAGAGGAAGUCCAGUGUGAGGGGAAGUAUUUCCACAAGUCCUGCUUUCUCUGUAUGGUGUGCAGGAAAAAUUUGGACAGCACUACAGUAGCUGUACACGUGGAUGAGAUCUACUGCAAAUCCUGCUAUGGCAAGAAAUAUGGCCCAAAAGGCUAUGGUUAUGGUGGUGGUGCUGGAACCUUGAGUAUGGACUCAGGUGAAGGGCUAGGCAUCAGAACUGUGGAACAAGCACCACAUCAGCCUACCAACAACCCCAAUGCCUCCAAGUUUGCACAGAAGUUUGGCAGCUCGGAUGUGUGCCCUCGCUGUGGCAAAUCUGUUUAUGCAGCAGAGAAAGUGGUGGGAGCUGGUAACGCGUGGCAUAAGAGUUGCUUCAGGUGCGCUAAAUGUGGAAAGAGCCUGGAGUCCACCACACUGGCUGAUAAAGAUGGAGAAAUCUACUGCAAAGGUUGCUAUGCUAAGAAUUUUGGGCCGAAGGGUUUCGGUUUUGGCCAGGGAGCUGGAGCGCUAGCCCAUGCCCAGUAGGAAGAGUAUACAAGAUCAAGAGGAUCUGCUCCAGCUUUCUGCUUUGAUGGCUGCAAACUACACCUACAACGGAGUCUCGCGUGCUUGCAGUUUGCACAUGGAAUUGCUUUUAAACCUUUAACUACUCAUUAAAAAGUGCAGAGCUUUACAUGGACCAAAUUCCAGAAGCAGCAUGACUACACCUUCAUUGAUUCAUUGGUUUUCAUACUGUUUUAUAUCUACUGGGGUUUAAAUUUUCUUAAUGAAUCCUAAUAUAAUGGGAGGUAAACAAACCUUUACAAUUGCACCAAAAGAGCUAAUUCAUUAAGGUGAAUAAAUAAAUAUUGCUUUCCUGUCAGCAUUGAGCCACAGUAAUGGUUUAGGGCAUAUUACCUCACACUAUAUAUAUAUACACACUACAGUUUAUGAUUUAAUGGGACUUGUAUUAAUGGAACUAACAGAAACAUGUUACAUGUCAAACAAUGAAGAAAAUAAUUUGCGAUUACACUAAAAUGAUCCCUGAAAGCUGUUACAACCUUGCCUCACAGAAGAAUGAUAAACAUGUGCAGAUGA